UUCCGGUUGUGGUCUCCAAGAAAAACAUUCACAUUUUUUUACUUUUUUAAUAUAACCAGUCUACUAACCGAUGUUAUAACAUUAUAUGUUAAAGAGGAUGGCUAAUCCAGAGUAUGAUUUCCUGUUUAAGAUGGUACUUGUUGGAGAUGAUGGUGUAGGAAAAUCAUGCUUAAUGAGUAGCUUUGCUGAGGGAAAACAAUACAUGCAUUCUGCCAAUUAUGUGCCUACAAUUGGAGUAGAUUUUAAAAUACGCACCAUAAAUGUAGAAGGAAGAGUUAUUAAGUUGCAGCUUUGGGACACUGCAGGUGCUGAAAGAUUUAGAAGUAUAACAACCAGUUAUUAUAGAGGAGCUAAUGGUGUGGUUAUUAUCUAUGACAUAACUAAUCAGAAAUCUUUUGACAAUGUGUCAAAGUGGGUCAAAGAAGUUGAGAGCUAUGCUAGCCCAAAUAGUAAGACAAUACUGAUAGGAAACAAAGGAGAUUUGGAAUCUGAGAGAAUAGUAGAUUAUAGUACAGCCAAAAAAUUUGCUGAUUCUGUAGGUUUAUCUUUUGCUGAAACAAGCGCAAAGACAUCUAAAAAUAUAGAACAGGCAUUUUUGACUUUGGUAUCAGAUAUAAAAAAUAAAUCCACAUUAGAUGGUGUCAGCGCUCCUUCCAAACUGAAUGCACCUGAAGCAGACGUAGGAGAUUCAUUCAGAAACACAUCAGCUGGGCAAGAGGAAGAAGUCAGUACAGCAUGUGAUUAUGACACACUUGAAGAAGAAAUUUCUGCUGGAAGGAUAUUUCGUGGAAAGGACAUGUACAAGAAAUUACUUUCUAUGAAGAAAUCAGAUCUUUUAACAUACUUGGAUGCAAGGUCAAAAAUAGUUGGAAAUAUUUCAAAGUGUGGUAAAGUGUCAACAGAGACAGAAAAUGACAUGCGUGUACUUGCAAUUAUGGUUCAUUCUGUAGAAUGCAGUGGCUUAUAAUUUUUGCCCUAUGAAAACACUUUAUUUAUCGAAUUAUUUAGAAGCAUCAUUUAGAUAUAUAUUUUUUUUAAUACAGUCUAAAUGUACUUUUUUCACUUAAAAGGGGAGUGCAAUCACAUGCAAUACAUCCAUAUUGCUUUAAUUUUGAAAAAAUCAACGAUCAGUACCUAAAGAAAGCAACACAAUAUUGAAAUUAAAUCUUUAUAAACAUUUUCAGCCUUUUGCAAUACUCUAGUGCACACAGAUAAGAUUGAACAAUUAAUAAAAUGCAUCAAAUUCUGAUUUUUUUAUAUUUAAAUUGAUUAUUUUAUUUUAUCAACAAGAUUUAAUGUUAAUUUUUUGUACAUAUGAUUAGAAUUAAAACAAAUUUAUGGUGUCAUAUGCUGAAUUAUUGAAAUUGAAUCUGUAUAAAAAAAAAUCAGCCUUUUGCAAUACUCUAGUGCACACAGAUAAGAUUGAAAAAGUAAUAAAACUGCAUCAAAUUCUGACUUUUAUAUAUUUAAAUUGAUUAUUUUAUUUUCUUAACAAGAUUUAACAUUAACAUAGGAUUGAAAUUCAAAAAUUGUUGUGUUGCUUUUCUCUGGCUGAAAAUUCAGAAUUUUUUUUUUUUUUUGAAGCUUUGACAAUUUGAGAUUAAGCUAUGUGAUUCCAAUAUUUUUUUUUUUACUUUUCAAAAUUGAAAUGCAAAAUCGUGUGUGUGUAAUUUUUGUCCUUUCACAUUUUUCACAUUGAUAAACUUACGCAAAAAUAUCUGAAUUUACAGAUACUGACAAAUAUGAGAGGAGGAGUAUCAUAUAAAUAGAAAGCAAUGGUAUUAUAAUAUUGGUGGUAGAAGUUUCCAUAACAACAUUUAUGCAAAGUCAUCAAGUAAAGCUUACAUUUUUUUAAAAAUUAUGAUGUCACUAUGAUGACAUAAACAUGUUAAAAAACUCACCAAGAUACCAAGUUAAACUCCUAACUAUCCUACUGCCUGUCGAUACAUUUAUUUUUGGCAUUGCACAAGUCAUGUCUUCUUUGACUGUCCAUGACGUUAAAAUUCUAAGUUGAUUUUAGUCUCUGAUGCAUGAUUUUUUAUUAUUAAUUGUUUUUGGCUUUUAACUAGCUGUCAGUAACUGUGAGUACUCUCAAAUCGUACUUUCUUGUUUAUUUGACCUGUUGAUACUAAUUGUAAUGCUUUUUUGUUAUUUAAUGUUAUUCAGGGUUAUAUCUGGUCUAUAUACCAGCUUUGAUGAGUGUUUGGUAUUACUAUAAAUUUUCACUUCGUACUAUGAACAUCAAAAUUAUUUAUUUUGUAAAAAUAUUUCCUUUCUCUAUUUGAACUGUACACGUAUACCUAACAACAAAAUUAUUUUCAUUUACCUGUGUUUAAAGUAAUUGCAAAUGGCUGAUAUUUUUGUUCGAGCAUAUUGUUUUUCUUAAAUUGUUUAAGUUUAAUUUAACCAAAAACUAUGUUCUGCCAUUUUGGGCUGAAUAUGUCAACUUUCGAUUUUUAAUGCUUUUCAACUUUGUUCUUGAUUUGGUCUUUCAACUGUGUUGGUUCCAGUGCCACUGAUGAGCCUUAUGUAGACGAAACAUGUGUCUGGUGUACCAAAUUAUAAUAGAUAUAAGAAGAUGUGGUAUGAGUGCCAAUGAGACAACUGACCAUCCAAGUCAAAAUUUAUAAAAGUAAACCAUUAUAGGUCAAAGUACGGUCUUCAACACGGAGCCUUGGCUCACACCAAACAGCAAGCUAUAAAGGGCCCCAAAAAUUACUAGUGUAAAACCAUUCUAGUGUAAAACCAUUCAAACGGGAAAACCAACGGUCUAAUCUAUAUAAAAAACGAGAAACGAGAAACACUUAUAAACCACAUCAGAUUCCUGACUUAGGACAGGUGCAAACAAUUGCAACGGGUUUAAAUGUUUUAAUGGUACCAAACCUUCACCCUUUUUCUGAAACAAUUGUGUAACAUCACAACAUAGAAAGACACACUAUAAAAUAUCAACUGAAAUGGCUUAACUCAAUCAAAGGACAUAUUAACACCAGUGAACAUACACUGAACAAAUAAAUUUGACCUAUGAUACACUGUAAAUACAAAACAAAUAAACUAAGGGAAGAAUAAUAAAAGUAACAUGUUAUACCGCUAUGAAAUGUUAUGGGCAACAACCUAACCAAAACAUAUUUCACCCGUAUCGACAUCUCUGUAAAAGAUAGUGUGUAGCAAAAUAUCAUAUUGACUCAAUAAAAUUGAGAAUGGAAACUGGGAAUGCAUCAUAGAGACAACAACCUGACCAAAGAGCAGAAAACAUCCCUUAGCCUGUUUUUUAUAUCAAAAUAUCGGAGAAAAUCUCAAAAUUUGGCUAAUAUGGCAGUUUUUGCAGUUUGCAGACCCAAAGCAAAUAUGUAAGACACAUAUAUGAAUAUUGAUAUCUGACAUACCAAUAUCUUUUGGACACAUGAAGGAUGUUAUUUUAUAGAUUUAUACUGUAGAGUCUACUAAAUAUAUAGUCCCUAUACUGGGGUAGUUGCAUUAGAAUUUUUUUUAAAUUACCAUAUAAUUUGUCUUCUAUGUAAAGAUAGAUCCUGAUUCCUUUAAGAUAGCAAACAAUAUGUGAAGGAAUGAUUAGAAAGUGUACUGAUCCCUGAAAAAUAAAAAUACUCUUGUAAAUUACCAAAUUACAUAUAACAAAUCACAACAUCAAAUUGAAUGCAUGACCUUCUCGUUUUGUAUAGAAAGGUACUUACAUGGAAUGAUGUUUGGGUUGGGUUUUUUUUUAAAUAUUUUAAUCACAUAUGCAUGAAACUCAGGUUUACAUCUCAUUGUUAUAUAUGACAAAUUUUAUUUUCUUAAACAAAUGUUUUAUGAAAAAUAAUGAUCUGUGAUACUUUUUUUAUAUUGAGUAUAUUUUGAUUCUUAUAUUUUUAUAUUGAGUGUAUUUUGAUUCUUAUAUUUUUAUAUUUGUUUUUAUCUAACAGCUGUGAUAUUUAUCAUCCUAUUACACCCAGUUUAUACAUUUUCUGUAUUUUCCUAGUUUAUUUCAUUCACUCCUGUUUGUGAAGAUCAUGAGUUACAAAGUUUUUCUUUAUUUGAUUAAUAAGUAUUAAAAGACAUACAGUGUAUUAUAUAAGUCAUAGUAAUGUAGUCCUUGGUAAUGCAAAUCUGUAUGUCUUCACCUUUUUGUAAUUUUUUUUUCUAAUUUCAUAUUCAUUUUAUAGUAUAAUGUAAUAAAAUAAUGCCAAAAAACAAAGGCUACACUAAUUAUUUAGAUUCCUACCCUUCCCCAUUGUUUAUUGCUUCAAUUUUAUAUCUUAUUUUACAUUUGUAAAUGUUGGUUUAAAAUUCCUUGUAAUUUUAGGGCAAUUUCUCAAGAGUAGAAACUAAAUUGAAAAGCAAUUCCUUCCUCCUACAUUUUUUGUCCAUAGAGAAUGAGAAUCUUUUAAUUAAUUAAAAUUGUACUGUA